AUGCACAACGAUACCCCUUAUCUACUUCAAUUACCGUUUGAUGUAAUUGCUGAUAUAAGUCAAUAUCUUGAUUUAUGCUCAAGAACAAGCCUUAUGGAUACUUGCCGACAUAUGCGGCACCUGUUUCUUUCUUCUAAAUACUUAUGGAAGCGCAUUGUAUUUGACGUUAAUAUGAACGACUUGAGCAGGACAUAUUCUUCAUUAAGAAAACUUGGAGAUAGUAAUGGACUACGACAGCUUGUUCGAGAGGUUGUCAUGGAUGAUUGUGACGAUCCUGAUUUGUCGCCACUCAUUAUGCUGAUUAAAUUUCCUAAUUUAAGAGUAUUGAGUGCAAGAAACAGAAAGGACACGACUAACAUAGAGGUGGACAUUAAGCUAUUACAAGAAAUGUUAAAAUUUGGACACAUCAAGCCCAAGUCUUUACCAAUAGAGAGAGUAAACAUUUAUCACUACUACAUGGACUAUGAACCUCAUUUACACACCUAUCAAAAGACAUGGAACAGACUUUCAAUACAUCCUCAUGUAGAGCUGGAUAUAAAGAUUUGUGGAUACAUCUCAGAAGAUGAAAAAGAAAACGAAAUAGAAAGAGACUUGAGUUUAUUGGAACAACAAAUUCGUCGCUUACAGAUGCAAUUAAAUAAUGGCAGACCAACACUCGCUGAGGAUGUUUACACAGAAAGAUGUCAGAGAAUAGUCCCUGUUCAUGCAAGUUGCUGGUCUUGUGGGUAUCGUUUUGAGCGAUGCUUUAGGUGCGUGCCUGUAUGCAAUGGCUGCGGAUUAAAGCGAAUACCUCCGAUGGCAAAUGAUAAUCAGCUUAGACUAAAACAGCGUCAGCAAAGAACAGCAUAUAAACAGCCAGCACUAGUGGACGAAGAUGAAUUUAGCGUAUUUGGAUAA